AUGCCGUCUCGAAAACGCGCCGCCGAGGAAAUGGAGGCCGAGGCGCCUGUCGAAGAGCCCAGCACAUUGCAGAAACUGCGCAACAUGUGGCAGUUCUCCAACCUGGCCCAGUACAUCAGUCUGUUCGGCGACGCGGUCAAAAUCGACAAGGACUUUGACAUCGAGGAAUUGGAGUCUGAAUGCCUCAACCCACAGCCGUCCGAGAAACUUGCACAAAUUGGCCUAGCGCUGCUGAAGCACGUAUCGUCACACAAGGGCUUGACACCCGAGAUCUUUGAUGAAUACACCCGCCGACAGUAUGUCGCGAAAGCGCCCGCGCGAAACCCCUUUGGCGAGGAAGAGGAGCCCAACAAAUUCCACGACUUCGACGUCUUCACCAAGAUACGCGUGUUGCAGCAGUUAUCUGUGUGGACGCUCAACAACCCAAACACAAUAAGAGAGAAAAUGGCAGCGACGGAUAACGAGCAGACGCUCUGGCGUAUGGAGCCCACAGGCUGGGACUCGCAAGAACGAUCGCUCUAUGUUCUAGAUGACAACCGCAUGUACCGAAUGACAGAUCCACCACCGCCUCCCGAACCUGCCAAAGCCAAAGCCAAACCAAAGUCCAGGAAAUCAAAAGGAUCGAGAUCCAGCAAGCGACAAAAGGUGUCUAGUCCCGAGCCCGAAGAAGCCGCCGAUGAUGAGCAAGUAGCGGACGAACAUCAGCCUGAGACGAUAGACGACGGGCUUGGUGGUAAGAAGUGGGAGUGUAUCUGCGUUACCUUGGAAGACUACCAGGAGUACAUGAACAGUAUCCGGAAGAGUCGCGACCCAAACGAGAAGAUACUCUACAAAAGGCUCCAGGAGGACGUCAUCCCUGUUAUGGAGGGGCUGGCAGAGGAGCAAGCGAGAAAGCAGGCCCGCAAGUUGAAAGAGUUGGAAAACUUGCAGAAACUUGCCACGGCAAAGCGCUCAUCCCGAAUUUCAUCGCGCCUUGAAAAGCAGAAAGAGGUGGAAGAGGCUGAGGCUGCAGAACGUAAGAGGCGGGAGGAGCUUGCCAUGGCCAAGGCAGAGCAAGAGAGGCAGAAGAAGAUGGAGGAAGCACAAGACUCUCGCAGAAUGACUCGUGAGCAACGGCUAAAAGAGCGUGAGACGGCCAAGAUCCUCAAAGAAGAGGAGUUGCGCAAGCUGCAAGAGAACGAACAAAAGCUGGCCUCGAAUAAUGCAAGACUAUCGGAGCGGCACCUGAAGGCCAUGAUGAAGAAGCACGAAAGUGACCUUAAGAGGCUCAACGAGGAAGAAGACUGGUUCUUUGACUGCGAGAAGUGCGGCACCUAUGGCUCUAACCUCAACGACAACACGCCUCAGAUAUCAUGUGAGAAGUGCAACGUUUGGCAACACAUGAAGUGCCACGGCAUUACAGAAGAACAGGCCGAUGAUUCGAAGUUUGUGUUUGUCUGUACUGCCUGCAAACGUAAAGAGGAAGAGGCGGAUCAACCGAAGCCUCAGUCUCUCAAGUUACGAUUGACAUCACAAUCGCCAUCUUCUCAAAACUUAGCAGAAGCAAAUGGCAACAGACCCUCCAUGCCACGACUACCAGCACCGCAAGCCUUCCAGCCGUCUAUGCAUCCUGUACAGCCGUGGGUCGAUGGCCCAAGUCUAUCUCCUCGUGGUCAAGCUUUGGGUCCGCCUGGUAUACAAAGAUCGGAAGCUGCCUAUGGAUCGCCCACAAAGGGCACAAACGGUAGCAUGUCGUCACCGAUACGAUCCCACUUCUCAUCCCCUGGCCACAGAACUGGGAACGGUCAUCCGACGUCUUCGCCUCCACCUUACAACCUCGAGCGAAUCCCGAGCAGCCCAACCAAAAGCUUCCACAUGCCACAACCACAGCAGAACGGCAGCUCAUUUGGGGGCCCAAAUCCGUUCGAUUCCAACCCCUUUGGACCACCACAGCCGGCAGCACCACGGUACGCGCGAAGCUUCAGUCGCCCAGCAUCAGCAGCAGGCCCAGGCGGCUCGCCAGUAAAACACUCUCCGGCGGCCUCUCCCCGUCCAGCCAACGGUCUACCACCUAGUUUCAACUUCAACAGCCCACAUUCUUCUUUCCCACCUAGCUCGGCCAACCGUCCAUCAUUCUCCCCGACCAAACAUAGUUCGCCCGCACCUCUUCCAGCAAACAUGUCAUCACCGGCCCCAGCACCAAUGCGUAUAGCUCCGUCUCCAUCGUCCCAAAUGCCUGCCCAGAUGCUCCCCGAUCCCAUCCCAGCGCCAUUGAAGCACGAUGGUAUGCGGCCAAUAUCGAGUCAUCAGAUGUCUGAGACACCUAUCUUUCCGCCAGUUAAGAGCCUGGAACCCCUUUCUAGCCCCACGAUCCUUGACCCACCUGUUAAAAAGUCGAGUCCUGCGCCGGACAGGUUUCUUGAUAGGAUGAAUGGUUUGAAUGGGGUUGGACAUGGUAGCAGUCAGUAA